GUUUACUGCAUGCUGGGAGUGCUGUGGCGAAAGAGGUGUUUUAUCAUUAAGGCAUUUCCUCAAUUGCUGGCGGUGCCACUUGAAGUUAUCAUUCAAUAAGUAUUUUAUCGUCAGGUAAGUGAUGUGAUAUUUGUCGGGAACUCGAGAGGUGCCCAGUCUGUGUAUUACAGUGCCCUGUAUAACUGCCAUCGCCAUCGAACACCAUGGUCAGCCUGGAAGAUUUCAGUGGAUAUUCUUUUAACUUAAUGAGCAAGAUGUACCUUCCCGACUGCUGCAUGUACUGUAGUGAACGGAUGAGGCAGAUGAAUAGAACCUAUGAUGAUAUUGAAGCAGUCAGAAGACUACUCAGUGAGAAAGAACAUGAGUUAGAACUGGUGACCAGGAUUGGCCAGAAUCUGCUAUCUGAGAAGACUAAAUUGCAGAGUGAUAUCGGCACAUUAAAGGAUGACCUAUGCACUGCCAACGAGAAGAUAACUCAACUAAGCCAUGAGCUGACCCAGAAGACCGAACUCAUCAACAACUUACUCAGUGAUGUUGACGAAGUUCGCUCAGAAGGUGGGAGCCCUGGUUUCACCUCACAGCUCCAGCUGUCCUUCCUCGAGAAAAAGAUCAAGUCGCUGGAAGAAGAGAAUGUUGGCCUGCACAAUGAAGCCGCUCGGCUAACCCAAGAAAAUGAACACUGCGAAGAGACUGAGGCAAGACUGGUGGGUGAGCUUACACAGGAACUGAAUUGUGGACGUGAGGAGCUGGAACUUGCAGCUUUGGAGAAUGCCAAGCUGCGAGAGGAACGGAAUCAAAUGAAGGAAGUGAUUGACCACCUUGAGGCCAGGGUCCAGACUGCAGAUGAGAAGCUGACUCAGGUGAUUAAGGAAAAUGAGGAGUACAUCCAGAUAAUAAACAUAAUGCGUGAAACACAGGGAGAGCUGACAGCAGAACUUGCAGACUGUAAGGAACGUUACAACGAAGUCCAACGCUUCCUAGAAGAGUACAGAGAAGAGGAAAGGCGUAGCAAGAAGAAGAUGAGCCCGAAGGUUCGAGUUGGUCCCGGCUAUUGCACACAGCUGACGUCAGUAUGGCCUCCACUCUCUCGAGAGAACCCCGAGUCGAUCGGAGCAGAGUUGUCUGCGUCGCUGCUGUCAGAGUUGAGCCUCGACUCCGGGCUGGGCGCUUCCACGCUCGACUUAGAGAGCCAUACCCCUGUGAACAGAUUGGGCGCUGGGCCAGGAUUCGUUGUCGGCCAGCAGCGGGACCUCGAGCUGGAGAAGGCUCUCGAAUCUGUUACCAGGCGUGACAUUGAAGAGCGAAGGCACUCUCUGUUCUGGGACACUGCUGGCGGCUGCUCCACUCCAGACUCCUUCCUCUCCCAAUCUGGCUAUAACAUGCCAUCAGUCAAAUUAGAUAAAGUUCAGCUGGUGAAGCCCCUCGAAGGCAGUGAGACCCUGCGGCAAUGGAGCCAACUUGCUACUCCUUCAAUGCAUGGCCUCCUUGAAGAUCGCCCUGGUGUAAAGGUGAGGGGUGGCACAGAACUAGAGGAUCUCGGAAUUCAGAAAGAAAAGAGAGAUAAAAAAGUGCUGGCACGCACUGAGGCGACAGAGACUUACUCUUUGUCAGAUGUUGAGGAAGAUGAAGAACUAAAUCCAGGAAAGAGCUUUUCUGAUACUAAUCAUAUCUACACAUUUGUCAACAGCCGUAUUAUGCAUCCAAAGGAAAAUAUCGCUCAUUGUACAACUAGCAGCAGUAGCAGUCAGAUGGUUUGGAGCGCGCCAGGACUGAGCGGGAGCCUGGCGUGCACUCCCAGCGUCCCGCCCACUCCGACACCAGCUAACAGCCCAUCGAUGACACCGAUGUCAACGCCUGCUUCUACUCCUGCUAACAGCCCAAUGAACAGCCCUCCUGACAGGCCUUCAUCUCCCGUAUCGUCAUCAGCUCUUACAACAGCUCUUUUCAAUCCCUACACAUUGUCACCAUCAGUCCCACCUUCUCAAAAAGUUUUAGCUCGCCCUGACAACAAGGCAGCACUGAGAGGGUUCCGAUUAGUUGAGAGGAUAGAGCAGCAGAUCGGCUUGGAGGAAAUCCUUUGUCGAGAGCCGGAGAGUGGGCUGCACAGAGCAUCAUUAUUGCGACGUGGUGUGCGCUCGUUGGCUCGGGGCGAGCUCCUUGGAGUUCCUGGUCGACCUGGUACUGGUGUUCUCGAUAAUAGGCUGAAACAGCUUAAGCGUCGGCCUCGAACUGACUUGGGUUCUGUGCAGCCCCAACUAUCCGUCUCAUCAUUUGUUUUCGGCAGGAAGGGUGGCCUCAUGUAGAUUGUCUUCCUUAGUGAACGUAGUUCCAAUGAUUUGAUGAUGAUCUGCCUGAUGAGGCUUCGAAUAUGAAUCGAGGAAACAUGAGGCAUGGGUAUAGUAGAGAUUACUGACAUUAAGGCAAAUGUAAAACACUCUCACGUAGAACUAAAAGACUCAGUUAAUUUUGACUGAAAAUUAUGAUUCCUAUUUCUUGUUUACAACUACCGACAUUGUAGUAUCUUAGUGGGUGUCAUCUUACUUUGCCUCAAUGUAGCCUUGCCCUGAUUGUAAAGAUGGCGAUUUCAAAUUGAUGGGCGAGUGGCCAUGAGUAUUAUUGUAGUGAAGUGAGUUUGUUUAGUCAAACAGGACCGUGGCGGUUGCAGGUAGGUUUUCUUAACCACCAUUCCAUCGCUCAAUAUCCUCUAAGCCAGGUUGUGUUUAAUCUCUGGCUUUCUCAGGUUGGUCCACAUACCUGUAACCGCUUCGGUUGCUAUGCUUCUAAUGAACACAGAUAUUGUAGAUACUCACGAUUUCCCUAAAUUUAGUUGAAUAUGUAUAAAAUGCCUAAUAAUAAUAUGGUUUAUUAAUUUAAGCAAAGCUAAUGAUAUUUAUAUAUAUGUACAUGCAUACACCUUAUAUUUAUAUAUAUAUCUGUUAUCCUUAAGGCACAUGCGUUAGGUAGAAUUUUAUCUAAUAGUUCUUAUGAAUUAUUUUUCUGUUUUUAAUGAAAGUCAUAAUUUAUUUCUUAUAAUAGACAGUAUAUUCACUAAAAAUCAAAUUUUAUUUAAGUUUAAAAAUUGUACAUAGGCACAUUAAUUACAAGGGAUGAUAAAUAAUUCUAAAUUUGUUAUUAUAUUUGUAAAUAUUUAAUUUAAAUACUGUAAGUAUAUUUUGUUAUUUUCAUUUUCAUUAUAUUUAUUUUUCAACUUGCUUUUGUUACAAUAUUAAGAGUGUCAAGCUGGAUUGUUUAGGGCAUUAAAAAAAUAUAUUUUUUUAAAAAUAAGUGUUGAGAGUUACUAUUUAAAAAAAAAGUAAACUAACUCUGAACAUUUCAGCUGUUGAUGAUAGAUCUGUUAUUGACAAGAUAAUAUUUAAUAUAAUUAAGAUAAUUAUCUUAUUGAUACUCCUGUAUUAGAAUCAUUUGUCAUUAAUUAAUUCAACAUAUUGAACCAUGCUACUGAUACCUUUGCUAUUGAGUAGAUUUUUUUUAUUUGUCUUGUUAAAUAUCGGAAAUAUUUUUAAAUAGGGCCAGCAAGACUUAUUUUUAAAUAACUAGACUUGUAUAGGAUUGGCUGUGCACUAUGUUGUUGAUAAAUUGUUGAGGCAUAUUUUGACAAGUUGCCAUGUAUUUUGUCUACCAGUCAGUUAGCAGGAAUGUUUUUUUGUUUGUUUUUUUUGUCUUAAUGAAUUUUUAUCAAGACUUUCCUAAUUGCAGUUUAAUGAUCUGAAGUAAAAAUUAUUGCAAACAAGUUUUGUGCUUCUGUUUGAAGACAUCCAAAAUUUGUAUUAAAUAAUUCUUUUAGAAGUAUUUAAAUAUUUAUUUUGUUUUUCUCUGUUGAAUGUUAAAGUCUAGUCUUCAUGAUGUUGCAACUAUUAUAAGCAAGGGAGUUUAAAUUUGAAUUUCUUCCUUGGAAUUUAAACUAUGUAGAAUUUAGAAUAAGUAUUAUUGAAAAUUGAUAUUAAAAAGUGUUAGUGAACCUAGUUUGAAAGUUGUAAAUUAUAGGAAAAAAUAAUUACAAAGAGAUUACAUUUUAAUUUUGUGGUAAUAUUGUUUCAUUAGCAAGUUGAUGGUGCUUGCCUGUGAUUAGUUAUUUACGGCUGUAUACGAGAUUUGUAGAUGUUGUUUCCAUGAUAGACUUGUGUAAGAGAGAUAUGCAGUCAGCAUAUUUGCUUCUUAUCACAAGUGAGGAAGCGCUUCUACAAAGGGUAACUAGAGCCCGAUCUAGCCUCUAGAGGGACUAUCUUAGCUACUUCCCAUCACGUAUAGUUAGCCGCAUUUUUUGUAUAUUAUUAUUUUUAUGAUCCUUGUAUAUACUCUGUAUAUAUUUAUAGAUAUAUAAAAUGAAGCCUUCUAGCCGAAGAUAGCUUUUUGAAAGCUAGCUGCUAUUUACAUGAACUAUUCUCAGGAUCCAACUUGCUAUUGUUGAACUGUUGAGUGGUUUUUCUCUUAUUUCUAAAGUUACUAUUAUGAAUAUAUUUAUCAACUUAUAAACAUGCAUAUAUAUUUAUAUAUUUUGUGAGCGUGAUGGUCAAUAUCCAUAUAUUAGAAAAAAAAUAAUGAAUUAGAUACGAGUGUAUAUAAUAAUAUAAUGUAAAUGUUUCAAUAUCAAUUGUCAAUGUACAAUAAACUCAAUUGUAGAUACAAAUUAUAGUUAUUUUUAAGUGGGGUUAAACCUGUCAAUUUUUUUUUCUUGUUUUUGUUUUGUAGCAAUAAAAUGUUACAGAGAGUUUUAAUCAUUUCCUUUUAUUUCAUGAAUUGGUCAAAUGUUGUUACUUUUACCAUUCCUAAUAACGUUGAGUUGCCUCUUCAUAUCAGAUGAAAU